CUUCUAUAUACUUAUCUCAACUCCCUAGGGGAUGGCCAGAAGUUUUCUAGGAAUAGAAUAGCUUCUGUAAUGCAGGAAAUUGAUCCAGAAAGUAUAUAACGUCGCUCGGAAGAGAUGAAGGCAGCUAGGGGGGAAUAUAAUAUUUAUGGGCCGAACUUUGUUUGGUCUAUCGAUGGCUAUUGCAAGCUACGAUUUUGUGGGAUUGAGAUAUAUGCUGGUAUUGAUGCCUACUCACGGUUCGUACCUUGGAUUUAUAUUGGAAUCUCAAAUGGUUGUGCUGUUGCUAUCCUAGUGCAAUACCUUGACUUGGUAGACGAAAUGGAGGUUAUUCCGCUCCAUAUUCGAUUGGAUAGAGGAUGCGAAACACCCAUAGUUGCUAAUGCCCAUUAUAUCCUCCAUAAAGCGACGUGCCAAACAAGGGGUAUUGAUCCAUAUUAGUUCUCAGAUCUCUAUUGGUUCGGGACUAGUAUAGCUAAUUAACGAAUUGAGGCAUGGUGGGGGCAAGUUGCGAAGG